GGCCUGACCAGAGCAUCUGUUCUCAUGUUUAAAUAUCACAAACCGUCAUUGUUGUGGGUUUGUUGUUGCCUGGGCUCCCUUCAUUUUGGUCAAGCUUGUACUCCCCCCCUGCCUCUUCAAAUGCAUUCAUACAACUAGUUCUUGAGCAGCCAUGAAAACAACCAAACGCUGUGCCCGGAAAAGAGCGCCUCCGAAUGGUUAUAUAUGCUUUACGUUAGGUGGAACCUUCCACGCCCGGAGAGUAUCAUAUAGCAAUGAAAGACGAGAACAGGUACAUGAGGUCCGCAAGGUUGGUGCAUGUCUUCGAUGUCACUUGCUUAAGAAAUCCUGCUCACGAGGAAAUCCGUGCACAACAUGUGUGCGCGCUGCAGAGAACAAAAUUGCUUCUUGCUCACUGGCCUGGAUGGAUUGCGUAAGGCCUUCAUUGAUGAACGUGACAAUCUACGGCUUGGAAGCUCGAUUUGAUCCCGAUAUCGGUCUAGGUGGUGUACCAGUGCUACAAUACCUUACCCAUGGAGAUCUGGAUUUAAAAUUCGAUAUACCUUUUCAAUGGAACAUUGACGAGCUUUCUACCUUUGUGGCUGGCUGGCUUGUGCGCGACCACGACGCUUCCAGAGCCAGUAUGGCAGGACUUCUGUCAUCAGCGUCACUGCUGUCGAUUAUCUCCGAUCUGAUUGGUUCUGAAAUCGCCCAAGUCUUCAAAUGGCUUGUCUCCACAUCAUCCAUGAUUUUCAACACAUGCAGUGGAAAUGUCGUAUAUUCUCAAAAUUCCACUGAUAUCAGAAUACUCCGCCACUGUGGAUACCGAUUGCUUUUGCACCUAGAGUCUCAUAUCAAGCCUAUGACCCUGGCUCGCCUGAGAAAGCAUGAACUCUACGCCAUGUUCUUACUGCUUCUUGGAUGCAUCAUAUCGUCGAAAUAUGUAGCCGAAAGCCUUGGUGACUUGUCACGGCUCCCUCUGGCCGUAGAUCAAUCGACUGCAGUUCAGCAUGCGCAGCCAUCGUCUAUUACGCAUUCCGAUGAAGAGCGCGGAACGGAACUCAUCAGGCUUCUGGCACACCAUAUGGUGUAUCUUGGUCAGUCCACUGGUCUUCUCCAAGAUAGGGUGAGCAAAACUCUCAUUGCAUAUCUGACUUCGACUCCAUGGCAGAAAAAGCUUGUACCACCCACGAACCAGGUGGAGGUCGAUUUGUGGCCUCCUAAUCAUUCUUCCAGAUACCUCUUUUCCCCGGCCGAGACUAAAUCUCCGCUGGUCGAAGACAGCAUAUCUGCGAAUGAUCCAGACAGUUCCAUUUGUCACAAGGGUUUGAAGAGGACGUUACGCGAUCUGCCUAGCAUAGGACGAAACAAACAUCUUGAAAAUGCGUUGUGCGAAGUCGCAAGCUGUUCCAGGUGCCAUAUCGCAGAGAGCUCUCUGGAUUAUCUUGAGGAACGUCAAUAUCAUAAUAGGUCAUGGUUUCUUUGUAAGAGCUGUUCACGCAGUAUAUAUUUGCGAGGUGAUCUCGCUUCGAGAGGUGGUGGUGGCACUGGCAGCACAGUUGGACAAUCGUUUGCGCACAGCAGUAAUUUCGUCACGACUGCUUUUGAGAAGCCUUCGUAUGCUAACUUAAAUUCUCGCAAACCCACGACUUCCGGAUCUAAUAACACAGCAGCGGAAGUGAGUAAAGACCUGCCUACACUGUUCAACUUUAAUCAGCCAUUAAAUAACAAUUUGGGUCCCCCUUCGCCUUUGGACUUUAAUGUUGCAUGCUUCGAUCCAAGCCUGCCGACCAACGAUAUCGACACGACAUUGGUCUUACAGCUCGACAACACAGAGCAAUGGCCUUGUCUUAGGCGCAUACCAACACCGCAACCAGAACAGGACCUCGAGCUCGAACGGCACAUGUGAGAAUUCGAGGAAAUGCACACUGGGUGCCUUUUAACGGAUAGUAGUGGUCUUGAUCAGCAUUCUUUACCCAGCAGCGUCGUACUUGCGGGCAGGUGCGGUGAUGAGAUACCUACGUUGUUCACAUCAGAGCUGGGGUCUUCGAUCAAGGCGCUGCAGAACAGACUUUUGUUGUAGGCGUUUGGCAAGUUCUUGAAUGUCGUAAUUUUGCAGAUACUGGGAACUGACACUGAAAAUAAUAAGCGAAUAACAAGUUUUCUAUCUAGGCCCCUAGUGCCUUGGACGUCAUCAACUAAUUCUCGCUUGCAUGUCAGUUUGAUUCUUUGAAUUCCACAUGGUAUACUUGCUUCAAUGCUGCUGCUGCAGCUAACACAUGCGCAUUUUUCAUCGUCUAUGUGUGCUCGGCUUUUCCCAGCUACGCAAAAGCGUGCUACCACAAAGUCGUCAGGUCCAAAAUACGCGCAUCAUGCUAUUUUGACCCAUUGGCGCUCUGCGAACGGAGCUGUCGAAACUUAGUGUAUCAGACGGAAAAGUUACAGCAAUGCUACAGUAGGACUUGACCUCCAUGAGAAAUGCCAAUA